AGACAAGGCACCAACACAAGUCCAUCUAAGUCACCAUAUGUUUCCUGAAAGAACAUAGAGACAACCGAGACUCUUUCAAACUUUCUAGGAUGUCCCUCAGUGCAGUAACAACAGAGGAUGGGAAGGUUUCUUGCAAAACUGAAGAGGGAUCAGUGAUCAAUAUUAACAUAGCACAACAAUCCUCCUGGGACUAUCUGAAUGAUGGUGUCAAUAUCUUGAGGAAGAUUUGGAAUGAGGCACCACCUACAACACUAAUGUCGCCAACAUCCAAUGAGAAGGCUGCUGCACUACCUGUAAUACUUGGGGCCUCUCAGUUUCCCAUGGGUAUCAUCAGUGUUGCAUUGUAUGCCAUUGUCUUGGUUACAGAUUUAGAAGUAUUUCGUGGUGCUCCUCUCUGGAUGGGAAUACCGUUCAUUCUCUCUGGACCGUCUGAAGUUGCGGCUUACAUAAAUCAGGGCAUCUGGGUGUUUGUCUCUGUUAUCAGCCAAUUGCUGAUUUUUUCUGUCUCAGUCGUUGGCCUUGUAUUUACUGGGGACGCGCAGCAUAAUAGGUUCAUGUACUAUUUAAAAGAUGACAUACCGGUAUGUGAAGGAGUCCUAAAAAAUGCUAAGACUGGCAGCUAUCAAUCGUAUGAUUUAUCGAACAGCUACAACCAGCAUAUCAGCUAUUACCAAAGCGACCCUCUGAAGGAAUGCCAACACGUUGUCAAUAUAGCUAAGGAUCUCUCAUAUGGGCUCCUGAUUAUGCUUCUGAUCAUCGGUUUCUGGGGAGUAAUCUCAUCCACCAUUACUGUCAUGUACAGACUGAAAACAGAGUAUGAUAGCUGCAAUCCAUAUAAGGGACUUGCUGAAGAGGACAAUGAACCUCGGGAGAAGACUCCUCCUUAUACCAUCACUAUGUAAAGGAAAGAACCCAAGACUGAAUAUCCAUGCAUCUUUUGCCAAUUUCGUCAUAUAUUAUUUUGUAUUUAAAUAGUUAAUGAAAUAAAAAUAAAAAACAAAUCAAACACUUUCAAA